UUUACGUAUCUAAGGAUUCUUUGACAAACUUCAUUGGUACUAUAUUUUCUUCUGAGUUACAAUGAAGUUCAAGGAAGAACAAAAUUUUCUAAACUAGAGGAGUUAGCGUUGGAGGAGUAACUUAAACUUCUCAACAUGCCAUCAAUAAAAACAAUUAAGAGUAAAUCGGGAGAUAUAUAUAAUUGUGUGAAUUUCUACAAACAACCAGCAUUUGAUCAUUCAUCUCUAAAGAAUCACAAUUUCCAUCCCGAGAUGAAACCUACUUUAGUCGGAUCAUAUCAGAAUUCAAGUACCACUACAACUAAUUGGUCAUCAAGGAUAUGGUCAAACGAUGACGGUUAUCCUUUUGGAAUAGUUCCAAUUAAAGAAAUCACCAAAGAAGAUCUUGUUAGACAAAAAAAUACACCACCACCGGAAGGUGUCACGUAUAAGUCUGAGUUGACUACUGUAAGAUAACUUACACCAGUUUACUGCUCUGCCUUGAAUAAUAGAUAUGAUUUCAUAUAUAAAAUCUAGUAUGUUAAGCAUCACUAGAUGUAUAACAACAAAAAAUUAGUCAAGUAAACAAAUUAAUAUUUGUCCACAAUGGCAUUGAAUCUCAUACAUUUUAUU